CCAAGAAAUGCACGUUGAUGAAACAAUUAACCUGAUGCUGCCAAAAUGUGCUCUUUCGAAAGGACCAGCUUGCUCAAAUCCUCAUAAAAACAUGGCGGCAACUACCUCCACUGCCAGACCAGGAAAUGGCAGUUCAAGUGCUUCCCAAGCAAAUGAAACAACAUCCUCUAAUCCACCAAUGGCAGCAACUACCUCCAUUGCCAGACCAGGAAAUGGC